AUGGCCAUUUUUGUUGAGCCUAACUUCGGAUAUGUCAGACCGAAUCAAGAAACCGGACUCGCUUUGAUUUACCCUGAAUCCCUCGCGCAGUGUCAGUCCUCGUCUCCGAGUUUUGAAGCUAUAGCGUCUGACCAACAAGCAGAGCUUGGGCAAAAGUCAAGGCAGCGACUCAAUGAGGCACCAAACGAUGUGACCGACUGA